AUGGCAGCCGUUAUUCAAUUUGCAAACAAAGUUGUCAUUGUGACAGAUGCCGGCAGUGGUACUGGUGCUGAUACUGCUCUUCUUCUUGCCGAAGGAGGAGCGAAAGUUGUCAUCGUUGGCGCGGAAUUACUUGUCGCCGUGGCGGAUGUCUCAGAAAUGCACAUGGUGGAAAAACGGGCGUACGGCACCGUGAACAAGUUCUGGGCAUUUCACUAUGCCGUCAACAACGCUGGUAUCUCGGGUGCAAAUUACGACCUGCCUAACCUACCCGAAAAUGUUUGGGACGAGACAAUCGCACUCAACCUCUCAUCCGUCUUCUACUACACGAAGGAACAGCUUGCAGCUAUCAACUAA